AUCUUAUAGUUAAUUCAAAAUUUGGAGCUUAAUAAUAUGAAAAAGCAUAAAGUAAAACAAACCGCUGAUAAUAACAAUGCCAAACAUGCAGUCAAAUUCAAACCUUCCACUCAGUCCGCUUUUCCUCAAAGGAAAUCCGCAAAACUAUGCUCAAAAAGUUGUGGAUACUGUUCACCUAAAUUUGCAUUUGAUCUAUUUUGCAGUUGUACAAGUGUACGUGGAAUGGCUAAAAUUCGUCGUGGACCUAAAGUACUGCGUAUCAUGUGGUUAACAUUUGUCCUGAGUAUGACAUUUCUCUUGUUGAGUGCAACUGCAUUAUUAAUUAAAGACUUUUUAAACUAUGAUGUCAGUGUGCAUACACAAUUGAUAAUUGAUAAUCCUUCACCGUUUCCUGCGUUAACAGUCUGUCACCAACCACCAUUUUCAUAUGAAGCGUAUAAAUUGUGGAAUCAAUCGAAAAUAUUAUCACCUUCAAAGUAUAAUCUAUACAUGAGAAAGUUAAUCCUCAACGCACUGCACGAAAAUGACAUUGGCUCAGCUAGUUCAAUAUGGAGUUAUGAUAGUUUAAGUGUUUACUAUCAAAACUUAAAUUAUGAAGAGUCUUUAAGUCUAGGUCAUACUCCAGGAAUAUUUUUAAACUGUAUGAGAAUGUUUUCACAUAUGUCUGCUUUUGAAGAUAAUUGUACACUACUGACUGGUUAUCGAAUUAAGCGCCUGUCACAUCAUCAAUAUUUAAACUGUUAUACUUUUGAACCCAUAAAUGCAUAUGACGCGAACGAAACAACCUUUCUAAGUCUAAUUGUCGGUAUGGGUCCUAAAGAUAAAGAUAUAGACUUACAGCAAGCAUUUCUACCAGAUGUAUUCGAACAAGCUCGUGGUCUUCGUGUUGUUAUCCAUGAGGCUGGCACAAUGCCUGAUUUGGAGAAGAAUGGAAUACACGUGGAACCUGGAAAGCUCAAUGAAAUCAACUAUGAACCGGUUAGAUGGAAAAAGUUAAACACACCGAAACGACCAUGUAUCAGACCGAAUGAAUCACAUCAAUACUUCGACUUGAAUGAAAGAUACAAUUAUACGCAUACUCAGUGUCUGCUGGUACAUCAGCAAAUGGAAAUUAUGAAAAAUUGUCAUUGCAUAUAUGUAAUGCAUCCUAGACUAGUACUGCCAAAUGACAAUCUACCCUAUUGUGGUAGACUAUGGCCCCAACUAAAUCAAAGUGAAUUUAUUAACAAAAUCCAUUGUCUUGGAAAAUUCUUAGACAAUUCAGUGAAGCAAAAAUACGAUGGACAAGCAUGUUUUCCACGUUGUGAAUUCUAUGAUUAUGAAAGCACAACAUCAGUUACAAAAUGGCGCGCCUACCCAUGGCAAUUGUAUUGGUUACGUGUACAAAAUCAAGCAGCUCAAUGGUUGUUAAAUUACCAGUAUACCUAUCCUAGUAAAAAUAUUACUCAUACAGCGGCAUAUAAAUUAUGGGAAUUCUAUUUGAAAUAUCCAGAUUUAACACAUUUACCUCGGAAAAGUGGGUUGUUCAGUGGUUCAAGUAAUAAAUCGCUUGAAAUCUCAUCAUUACUACCGAAAUGGCCACCAGAAGACUUGGAUUUAGAUAGUGAAGACUUUGCCUAUGUUAUAUUAAAACGUAAAUCACAGAAUACAGUUGAAAAGAAUGAAAAAUUAGUACUAAGUUUGUACGUACUUGUUAGUCGAAUCGGUGGUCUAUGCUCAUUGACAAUUGGAUUAACUGCAGCAUUUUUUGUCGAAUUAUUUGAAUUUGGAUAUUUAUUGCAUGUAAAUUCAAUGAAAAAGUCUACUACUGUUGUUGAAACUCAGAGGUGUGUAGAACUGCAUGAAUUAAAACAGACAGAACAACAAGGUAAUUCUUGUGUACAAUCUCAAGCGAAUUCACCUGAGUGUCGAGAUAAACUCUGAUCUCUUAUUACCUCGUUUAUUUUCAUUCUUUUUCUAUGCGAACAUUGAACGAUGUAUAUUUUCAUUCACACAAUGGCAGAUAAUCUAAGUAUCACUUCUACCUUCUUCUUUUUUUACAUGUAUGCGAAGAUGUAUUUCUUCUAAAAACAGAUUAGUAGUAUGCUUUAGUUUUGUAAAAAAAAUUACCUAUGAACUAUUGAAAACAAUCAAGGUAACAUGAUUUGUACAUUUUUCAUCCUAU